AUGGUGCAACCACGCAUGCUCUCAAAAGCCGAUGAGGCGACAGCCGGCGACGAGAAUGAAGUCCGCCGCGAAGACCAGGAGAAGAUCAAUCGUUUUUCGCGGCUGCAUCAGCGGGAGACUUUGCUUGAGGAGCAGUUGAAGGGGAAGCAGAAGGAUAAGGAGGAUCUAGAGGAGGUUUCGAUGGAGCUUGAACUUGCUGAUGAGGACGAGCUUGUCCCUUACAAAAUCGGUGACUCUUUCUUCCAACUACCUCUACCCGAUGCGCAGAGCAUGCUCUCCGCAUCCACAGAGCAAAUCGACACCGACGUGUCCAAGCUAGAGGAUACGCUGGGUGAAUUGCGCGAGGAGCUGCAGCAGCUCAAGGUUGCCUUGUAUGCUCGCUUCGGAAGGAGCAUUAACCUGGAGACUUAA